CAAAACCCUAACAAUUCGAUCUCUGUCUGAAAGUAAAAUCACUUAUCUGAUUCUUCCAGAAGCUGUGACUGUCGGGUAUUGCUGUUUGUAGACAGGGAAUAGAUAAAGAUUUUGGAUCGAGGGAUCGAGAUCGACUUGUGAUAUAGCUUCUAUGGCGUCUCCUGUACCCUCCGGGGUACCAAGACCUGGCGGCAACCCUUCUUUUCCGCCACCUAAUUACAAUAUGCAGAGAACUUCCUCUGAUUCCAUAGCUGCUGGCAUGCAGAAUCUGCAAAUAAAUCGCCCAGCUUCAAUGCCCAAUCAACCUGUUCCUCGGCCAGCACCCUUUGCUCCUCCGCCAUUCGCUGCUGCUUCUGCCUCUUCUGCUCCUCCUUCGGCUCCAUUUCCUGGGUCUGCACCUGUUUCACGCUCGGGGCCUCCUCCUGCUGGCUUCCAAAGAGCAGCUCCUCCUUCAACUGGUCCUCCAAAUGCUGCCUCUGUGAGGCCUUCAGGCCCUCCACCUUUCGGCUUGAGGCCACCAUCACCUGCUGCCUUACCAUCUUCGCCACUGAUGGCUGGCCCAGUUGUGCAACCAUCGAUUACACCGAGUGUACAGGGUCCAAUGAGCAAUGGGCAGCCGGCGUUUGCGUCAGGGCCUCCAUAUUUCCCUCCCAGUGGUAGUGCUCAGCAGCCUCUAGUUGGGCCUCCGUCAGUUGGGUUGUCGGACAGAGUGCCACAAGUUCCUCCGAGCAUUCGCCCUCACCCUGUGAGUUCUGCGGGAAGUGCUUCACAUGGUCCACCCUCGCAACUGGUGCCACCACCGCCAACGCUUUAUCCUGCUGCUUUUCAGCCACCGCCACCAUUUUCAGCUGGUCAAGGCAUGCCAUCACCGCCUACAGGGUCUCCAUAUGGGGCUCAAACGUGGCCGAUGCAACCUCCACAGGUUACUCCAAUUCCUGGUACUCAACCACCAAGAAUGUUUGGAAUGCCCCCACCACCUCCACCAAAUCAACCUAUGAACUCUAUGCCUCCUUCUAUGUCUCCUCUUCCAGUAGCUGGAGCCCCUGCAGCUGGGUCAUCAAAAAUUGAUCCCAAUCAAAUACCUCGUCCUGUGCCAGGUUCCUCAAUGAUAAUUUUCGAAACUCGUCAGGGCAAUCAGGUCAACGUUCCUCCGCCUGCUACCAGUAAUUACAUUGUCAAAGACACUGGGAACUGUAGUCCACGUUUCAUGAGGUGUACGAUUAAUCAGAUUCCAUGCACUGGUGAUCUUUUGAUGACAUCAGGCAUGCAGCUGGCUUUGAUGGUUCAACCUUUGGCCCUUCCUCAUCCGUCUGAAGAGCCCAUUCAAGUUGUUGAUUUUGGGGACAGUGGACCUGUUCGAUGUUCUCGUUGCAAAGGGUACAUAAAUCCUUUAAUGAAAUUCAUUGAUCAAGGAAGGCGUUUCAUUUGCAACUUAUGUGGAUUUACUGAUGAGACUCCUCGUGAGUACCAUUGCAAUUUGGGACCAGAUGGUAGGCGUAGAGAUGCUGAUGAAAGGCCUGAGUUAUGUAGGGGAACUGUUGAAUUUGUUGCACCAAAGGAAUACAUGGUUCGUGAUCCAAUGCCUGCAGUAUUUUUCUUCCUUAUUGAUGUAUCCAUGAAUGCUAUACAGACUGGUGGAACUGCAGCUGCAUGCAGCGCAAUCAACCAAGUUAUUGCAGACCUUCCUGAAGGUCCUCGGACGUUUGUGGGUAUUGCAACAUUUGACUCCACGAUUCAUUUUUACAAUUUGAAGCGUGCCUUACAGCAGCCUUUGAUGCUCAUCGUUCCUGAUGUCCAAGAUGUUUACACUCCCCUCCAAACUGACGUCAUUGUUCAAUUGUCUGAGUGCCGUCAACAUCUGGAGCAAUUGCUGGAGAACAUUCCAACCAUGUUUCUGAGUAACAAAGUUGCUGAUUCAGCAUUUGGUGCAGCAAUCAAGGCUGCUUUCCUGGCAAUGAAGACAACUGGAGGGAAACUUCUUGUAUUUCAGUCAGUACUGCCGUCGAUUGGCAUCGGAGCUCUUUCUGCUAGGGAAGCUGAAGGAAGAGUUAAUGUCUCUGCUGGGGAGAAGGAGGCCCAUAAAUUGCUCCAACCAGCUGACAAGAUUCUGAAGACAAUGGCAAUAGAAUUUGCCGAGUAUCAAGUUUGCGUUGAUGUCUUCAUCACCACCCAAAGUUAUGUAGAUAUUGCUUCUAUCUCUGUUAUCCCAAAAACUACUGGAGGACAGAUAUAUUAUUACUAUCCUUUUUCAGUCCUUUCUGAUUCUGCCAAGGUUUACAAUGAUCUUAGAUGGAACGUCACAAAACCUCAAGGUUUUGAGGCAGUGAUGCGUGUGAGAUGUAGCCAGGGUCUCCAAGUUCAGGAAUACUCUGGAAACUAUUGCAAACGUAUUCCCACUGAUGUGGAUCUUCCUGGGAUUGACUGUGACAAAACUAUUAUGGUCACCUUAAAGCAUGAUGAUAAAUUGCAGGAUGGGGCUGAGUGUGCUUUUCAGUGUGCCCUUCUCUACACAACUGUAUACGGCCAAAGAAGAAUCCGAGUUACUACUUUAUCACUUCCAUCCACAACUGUGCUCAGUAAUCUGUUCCGAUCUGCUGAUUUGGAUACCCAGUUUGCCUGUUUCUUGAAGCAAGCGGCAAGUGAAACACCUACUAGCCCUAUUCCACAAAUACGAGAACAGAUGACAAACUUCUGCAUAAACAUUCUGCAUUCAUAUCGUAAGUAUUGUGCUACAGUAUCAUCAUCAGGACAACUGAUUCUUCCUGAGGCUCUUAAGCUUUUGCCUCUGUAUAUCCUCGCAUUGGUUAAAAGCAUAGGAUUGCGAGCUGAUGGACGAAUAGAUGAUCGUUCCUAUUGGAUUAGUCGGGUUUCCGCUAUUUCCACUCCAUUGGUAGUUCCUUUUGUUUAUCCAAAUUUGAUGGCCAUCCAUGACCUUGUUUCAAAGCAGGAGACUGAUGGAUCUCUCGUACCCCCUUCAAAGCCACUUUCGAGUGAUAAUAUAACUGAUGAUGGAAUCUUUCUCCUAGAGAAUGGUGAAGAUUGUUUGAUAUAUGUUGGGAACUCGGUUAAUUCAGAUAUCCUGCAGCAAAUAUUUGAAGUUUCCUCUAUUAAUGAAAUUCCCACCCAGUUGGUGCUGCAGCAAUAUGACAAUCCAUUAUCAAAGAAACUAAAUGAAGCUGUUAAUGAGAUAAGACGUCAAAGAUGCUCUUACCUCCGCCUAAGAGUGUGCAAGAAAGGAGAUCCUUCAGGGAUGUUGUUCUUUUCAUAUAUGGUAGAAGAUAAGACACCGAGUGGGCUGUCUUAUGUUGAGUUCCUUGUACAUAUCCAUCGGCAAAUCCAAACUAAAAUGGUGUAAACCAUCAGUUUUGUUGACUUCCUCCUCAAUACUUAAAUGGAGAUAAAGCAGAAAGGAAAGCAUUAGACUCGUGCUUAUGAAUGACUGUCAGAGCAGUAGCCCAUUCGUUCCUCCCGAUGGCAUGUGCAGUUGAAUUGCCAUUGGAGUUUUGCACUAGAUUCAUCUAAUAUAUUGAACAGAUUAGUAAUAAAUAUUCAGUGUAGUUUUUGCUAUCAUUUAUCUUUGCCAAUGGUUUUUUGUUCCUCUCCCCCCCCCCCCCCCACCCCUUCCCAA